AUGAAUCGAACGUUGUCCGAUUUGAAAAUUAGUUCAUUCAAUGAUGUCGAUCAUUUACAAAAAUAUGAAAUGUGUCGAAAGCAAUCGGCAUGUUAUCUUCUUGCUCCUCCACCACGUCCUCCGACCAUUCCAGAAUUAUUUCUAACUACAACUUGUAAAUUAUCACCAACAUCAUCGCCGGCUUUAACGAAUCUUCGCCAACGAACGACGGAUUCAUCUUAUUUAACUAUCCUUUCAAUCAUUCUUGGAGUAUUAAUUGCUCUCGCUUCAGCGUGCCUGAUUUUAUUUUUACUUGUUGUCAAAUUUCGAUUUCAUCAGAAACUUCGAUGCCGUCAUCGUCGAACGGCGGGUAUCCCAAGUGUGAAUAGCAGCAUUCGCGAAGCAAAUAAUAGUGAUGUGGCCUUUAUCAAAACAACAAAUCCAAAUGGCAAUCUCGGCAGCAAUAGUAGCAGUAGUGCUGGUGGCGGUGGUGACGGCUGUGCAUCAUUCUCGAGUAACGCACAAACAUCUUACGGUUGUUUAACUCCUCUAACAACAACGACAACUAUUGCUCAUAAUCGAUAUCCUUCAUUAACAAUGACACACAAUUCCAAUCUGAGUCUUCACAUGGCUCAUAGUCAACAAAAUCUUCAUUCGGACGAAACAUCUUCGCAAAGAAACUCGAUGAACAUCUACGAAGAAAUUCGCCCAACCUAUGACGGUCAUCCUUGUUGUUGUUGUUGUUCGUGUACUCUCGCACACUAUCAACAACAUCAAUAUACAUCUAACAGUACUAAUCAUCAAUUCAUGCCGCAUUACUACACAUGUGAACCACCAUCGUUGCCAACUCCGUCAACAAUCGUCUGUCAAAACUGUUUAUUACAAACUCUACACCGUAAACAAUCGAGAACAUCGACCAUGAACUGUGCCUGUCACAAUUUCUUUGUCCCGAUCAAAUAA